AGCGGGUCGAUGGCGAGCGAGCGAACAGCUGAUCGACCAAAACAAAACCCUCGGAGGACAAAGAGCUCAGUCGACCUCCUUCUGCUGUGUUGUGGGACUUCUCUGCUGACUUGAAGGAGGUUUUAGAAGGGGUUAUUGGAUAUUUUGGGUUAAUUUGGGGUGAUACUUUUCAGAACAGGAGAUACAAAGGCCGUAAAAUCAAAAUGGGACGCAUAUUUCUGGAGCAUAUAGGAGGAACCAGAUUGUUUUCUUGUGCUACCUGCUACACUGUUCUCACAAAUCGCACGGAACUGAUUUCCACUCGCUUCACUGGAGCAACAGGACGAGCUUUCCUCUUCAAGCGCGUGGUGAAUUUGACUUACAGUGAAGUACAAGACAGAGUGAUGUUGACUGGACGCCACAUGGUCCGUGACGUUUCCUGCAAAAAUUGCAGUGCGAAGCUUGGCUGGAUUUAUGAAUUUGCAACAGAAGACAACCAGAGGUACAAGGAAGGCCGUGUCAUUCUGGAGAGAGCCCUCGUUACAGAAUCAGAUGGCUUUGAGGAACAUAUAGGAGACGAUUAAGGUGUUGGCGAACACCAUCGCUCAAUUAUUAUUCAGAACCCUCGACCAAACAAUCCCUUCGUGGGCAGUAGAUAUAAUCCUGUAAAAUAUUUAAGUAUGCAUGGCAUAGGGUGUUGUUUCCUUCUGUCUUUUUUUUUUCUUCUUUUUUUUCCCCCCCUCGACUCUGUGAAUAUGAAUACAUGUGUUUCUCGAUAAAAAUGAAUGCUUUUACUUAGCAUUUGUAUUUAGGACUAACCUUCAUCUCUCUUUUAAGUACCUUUUUUCUCUACUCCUUGUUUUUGUUUUGUCUUGUCACUGUUCGAUCUCACUCACUGUCUGUCUUCCUUCUCCAAUUCAUGAAUUCUUUUCAUUUUAGAUUUUUUUCAUACAAUAUGGACUGUAGAGUUCAUUCCCAGUUUUAGCCCAAGUGAUAGAGGUUAGAAUAUCUGAAGACUUGGCACAAACUGUUAUUCCUGUGAUAUAUUUAAGGAUUGUAACAAAGAUAUAAUGUUUUGUAGUUGCUUGUGUGCUUAUAUGUCAUGGAAUUUAAGACUUUGUUUUCUUCAAGUUAAUCUUAAAUAACCAGGCCAUCAUUUCUUUUCUAGCUCAUUUCAAAAUUAUUUUUGGGUCUUUAUUUAAAAAAGAGAAGAAAGAACAAAGAAAUGGUGUUCUUCAUUAUCUGUAGUUGUUGUUUGUUCAUUUAUUUCUGCAUACUCUAAAAAAAUACAUAAAAAGUAUGUGAAUAAUGUUAUAAAAGGAAAGAUAAUAUUUGAAACAUGUAAAAAUAGAAUCUUAUUUUUGACGGUGAAAUCAGUCAUUUGUUUUAAUAGAUUUAAACCUUACACUAUCUUGUAUUUUGUGAUAAAAGGUCCUUUUCAAAUGAUACUCAAUGUACUUCUAACUGCCCCAUCACUUCAUAUAGCUGAUUUAGGCAUAAACGAAUCAUUACUCUUCAGGGAAAGUUUUUGACGUGUUUAUAUAACUCUCUUACGAUCAACUAGUCUCUCAGGAGGAGGUCAAUAAUGAUUAACAAAAAGCAUAGCCUACCUGUUUUAGUUCCAAAUGAUACGAGGCCUUUUCUUCACAAAGUAUGUAUAGCCUAUUUUUGAUUUUGUGUUUGAUGAUAAAGUUCAAUAGAUGAAUUAAUGACUAGAUGUGCAAUGUAUAUCUCAAAAAUGUUCACCGAAUAGGCUAGCAUUUCUGAAUAGGCUGGUGUUUCUCAUGUAUCAAUACCAGUGUAUAGAAUAGAGUAUUUCAACUAUAAUCUUUCAUCUGACAGUAGGAUUAUUUUGAGAAUAUAUGUACUUUUAUACUAAGCAUAAUUUAUUAGUGUAUCAGUGUAUAGUGAAGGCAUGAUAUUCACAGGUUAUCUGUAAGUUAAAGUAGACUGGUUUGUGUUCUUUACCAAGCAGAGAAUGUGAAGAUUAUUUUUACGUAUUUCUUUAGUUAGAAAUUUACUGGUGCAUAUGUUGAAGUGUUAUUAUUUUAAGGGGUUUUUAUUGAAAAAAAUUUAUAUACAUAUAAAGAUGAUUUAUAAGGCUUUUAGGUCCAUUUUGCUUUCUUUCAUCCUAGCAGCCGUAAUUCUUGACUGAUUAGUAAACAUUACACAAGCUCACUUUUACUGCAAAAUAUGAAUUCAGUCCAUCCAUCCAUAACUCAUUGUCUUUACCAAAGUAACUUUGUAAUUGUGCUUUUUAAGUAUUUGAUACCAAUGUCUUUCAGAAUACAACCAUUCCUCAAUUACAUGUAUUUCAUAGUAUUGGAUUCUUAAUUUUGUUGAGGUUAAUGUGACUCAAGUCCCCAUAAUUUUUUCUUUAUUGAUUUUUUGUUCUAAUGAUCUAACCAAUUGAAGAAAAAUAGUAGGUUGUAUUGAAGUCUCAAUGAUAACAAAAGGAAGUUUUUGCUUUGAUUGGUGAAAGCUUGCAAGUUGUAAUGUAGAAAAAUUAUAUAUGAAAAAGGUAAACAUUUUUAUUUAUUAUUUUUUUUUUUACAUGUUUAUUUUUCUUUUCAAGUAUAUUAAUUGUGCUUGUUAUCUACCACAACUGUUUUUUUUUUUGUUGUUGUUGUUUUUUUCUCCAAUAACAAGGAAAAUAUUUGCUCAAACCGUUUCACCUGAUCAUCUUGUAUUUGUUAGGCUUUACAAUUUCCUAUAUUUCUUUAUUUAUUAUUUUUUUUGCGUGUAAGACAUCUUGCCUUCAGUUUCAUAAAGUGUUGUAUUAUCAUUGUUUUUGAAAGUAAUAGAAGAAUGGAUGUAUAGUAUUUGUAUCUCAAUUUUGAUAAAAGUAUCUGGUGACAAAAAAAUAUAAAAUAAAAAUCAUCUGGUUGCUUUAUCACUCUGUAGUUGAUAGUAAAUUAUAUCGAUGCACCUGAACAAAUAACCUCCUAUAGUUCAAAAUUCUGUCAUCAGGGAUAUGAGAGCUUGCUUACUUUGAAAAAAAUAAUAACUUUUGGUCUGUCAUAGGAAAUUACUAAAAGCUCAUAAGUUAAA